AUGACAGGAUGGGCCGAUGACGAAAAUCCGGCUAUUCAAACGUAUUAUCAGAGACGGAAUGAACUCACUGUAGAAGACGGUUGUUUGUUGUGGGGAAUUCGUGUUCUAAUUCCGGGUUCGUUGCGAGAACGAGUUUUGCAGGAGUUGCAUGAAGGGCAUCCUGGAAUUGUGCGAAUGAAGUCACUCGCACGACUCCAUGUUUGGUGGCCCAAAUUAGAUCAAUCAAUUGCUUCCGUUGUUCGUGAUUGCGCUAGGUGCCAAUUAACGCGAAACAAGCCGCAAAUCGCACCACUGCAUUCGUGGGAUUGGCCAGACACGCCCUGGCAGAGAAUUCAAAUCGAUUUCGCCGGUCUAUUCGUGAAUAAGAUAUUUCUUGUAGUGGUCGAUAGUCACUCCAAAUGGCUAGAAGUGGAAAUAAUGCCUAGUGUGACCAGUGAGUCAACGAUCGAGAGACUGAGAAAUAUGUUUGCUCGAUACGGUGUACCGAUGCAAUUAGUGAGCGACAAUGGUCCACAGUUUACAUCGUGA